AACCCUCUCUUCUUCGUAUUCUUAUUCUUCUUCCAUCACUUCACUUGUGCUUACUCCAAUGGAGUCACUCCUGCAAGCGUCGUCGUCUCUGGUGUCUCUCAGACCCAGAAUCGACGGGCGAGAUUCGUUUAUCAACCCGUCGCGUGUUUCUCUUAAUCCUAGUCUCGGCCGCAGAGGAUCUAAACCUCUUCCUUUGGUCGCGGCGGCUAAGAAGAAGAAAAGCAAGAAAGAUGACAGUCAUAGCUUUUCAGCUCGACCUGACGAAGCCACUGGUCCUUUUCCUGAAUCCAUUCUUCUCAAAGAGAAGAAGAUCGAUGAGGAAGGUGACUUACUUCCCGAGUUUGCUGACGCUGAAGAAAAGGAGCUAUAUGAGUUUCUGGAUUUUCAGCUUCAGAGCGACUUGAAUGAGGAAAGGAUGAGGCACUAUGAGGUGGUUUACUUGAUUCAUGAAAAACAUGCUGAGGAGGUCGAAAGCAUCAACCAAAAAGUACAAGAUUUCCUGAAGGAGAAGAAGGGGAAAGUUUGGAGGUUUAGUGAUUGGGGAAUGCGUAGACUCGCAUACAAAAUACAGAAGGCAGAGAAUGCUCAUUAUAUAUUGAUGAACUUUGAGAUAGAGGCGAAAUACUUAAACGAAUUCAAGGGAUUGUUAGAUAGUGAUGAGAGGGUGAUCAGGCAUCUCGUGAUGAAACGUGAUGAGGCCAUCACUGAAGACUGCCCUCCACCUCCCGAGUUUCACUCUGCUCGGGCAGGUGAUGAAUUUUAUGAUGAUGAUGAAGAGGAAGAGUUUGACGAGGAAGAUGAGGGUGAAGGUGAUGAUGAAGAAGAUGGUGAUAAUAUAGAGUAUGAAGUAGAUGAUGAUGGUAAUGUCGUUAUGGUGUUGUAUGAAGAUGAAGAAGAAGAAGAAGGAGAGGAAGAUGGUGCUAGCGAACCAGAAGAAGGACAGGACAAGUCAAAUAACGGCAGAAGAGAAACCCGGAGAACAGUUAAAGUAGGAGUAUAGAGCUGUCUGUAAUUCUUUUUGUUUCUGAGUCAUGUUUUGGAUAAUAGGGUCACAUAUAAAAUUGAAGUUGUUUGUUUUA